AUGUGCACAGAACAAGCUUUUCAAGGUUUUGGUCUUACCCAAAAAGAACCUGAAAACUGGUCAACUUUAUCCAAGAUCGAAUUUUUGCCCAAAACAUUUGAUGUCAACGAUAUCGAUAUCAAAAUCGAGGCCUGUGGUCUUUGCGCCUCUGAUAUCCACACAUUAAAAGCUGACUGGAGCAAGAACUAUUUUUAUCCAUUGGUUGUUGGCCAUGAGGUUAUUGGAAAAGUGACCAAGGUUGGCUCAAAUGUCAAAACUUUGAAGGUUGGUGACAGAGUUGGUGUUGGUGCUCAAGCAUUUUCUUGUUUAGACUGUGAGCUAUGCAAGUCUGACAACGAGCCAUAUUGUCCAAAGUCUGUCUUUACCUAUAACAGCAGGUAUCCUGAUGGACGUAAUGGUUUUGGUGGUUAUGCUUCUGAUAUUAGAGUUCAUGAACAUUUUGCUUUCAAAAUACCUGACAACUUGCCUUCUGAAUCAACUGCACCAAUGUUAUGCGCUGGUAUAACUGUUUUUUCUCCAUUGGUUCGUGCAAAGGUAGGACCGGGCUCAAAAGUUGGUAUUAUUGGUAUUGGUGGUUUGGGCCAUUUUGGUAUCUUAUUUGCCAAAGCCUUAGGUGCUGAAGUUUAUGCUUUUUCGAGAAAUGAUAGCAAAAAAGAGGAUUGUUUGGCCCUAGGCGUCGACCACUACAUUGCAACUGGAAAUGACCCAAACUGGUUUGAACCUUAUCAAUACAAAUUGGAUUUGAUUGUUUGUACUGCAAAUUCAACCGAAAAUUUCAAUUUGAGUUCCUAUUUAGCUACUUUAACUAUCGGUGGAAAAUUUGUUAACGUUGGUUUGCCCACUCAAGGCAAUUUCGAUAUCAAUGCCAGAUCGUUUAUGAAAAAUGCUUGUUUCAUGGGUGCUAGUUUGUUAGGCUCAAGAAAGGAAAUCGAAUACAUGUUGCAAUUGGCAAGUGAAAACAAUAUUCAUGGCUGGGUUGAAACCAUUCCAAUUUCUAUAGAAAAUUGCAAAAAGGCCUUGGAGAGAACCGACAAAAACGACAUUCGUUUCAGAUUUACUUUUGUCGACUACGAUAAGGCCUUUGGAAACUAG